AUGAAGCUCUUCGGCUUCCUCUUGGCCGUGUUCGGUCUCUCCACAAUCGCGUUCGCCAAUGACGGAAAGAAGAAGAAGCUCUGCGAGGAUGACAAAACAAUGUGUGUCAACCGUAUCGACCUCCAUCCAAUGAAAGGGGUCCAUUACACGGCUAUCACUAUCUGCAAGAACGAGCAAUGGAUCCCGCUUUUGGACUGCGACGCCCCCACGGAGUAUUGUAAGGACGCCUCAAAGCCUUUUUGCCGAAAGAGCCAAGUGAACAUCAAGUGCUAUCCUUGCAACAAGUACUACCAGCGUUGCAUCGAGGACUGUCUCUUCUUCGACGACAAGUGCAAGAACUUCUGCACCGCGUACGUUUGUCACCACGGCGGCGAACGCUGCGGCGGUGACUGCUAUUACGGCUGCUAA